CCAUCCUCACUAAUUAAGUCUGUGUAAAGUUGCUUCCAUUGGCUUUUGUUGUAGCUUUUGUUUUCCUACUCGAAAAGUUCUGUUAUGUGGCUGAUUAUUUAACAGCCUUUCAUGUAGAUAGUAAAAUUGAUAAAUGCAGUAAUUGUGAAGGUUUGGAGUUUUUUGUGUUAUAUGAAGAGAGUUUUUGAGAUGAUUUCAAUGAAGAAAAGGUUUUUCCCUUUUGUACCAAAGUUCAAUAAUGAACAAUGAAUUCUUGGGUGAAUUAUUGAGAAGGUUUAUAUAUAUAUAAUAUGAAAAAAAAACUUAAUAAUAUAAUUGAUAGAUGUUGUGAUAGUAUUGGUUGAUGUAGCAUUCAAUUUUAUUCCACUCGAAUGGAAAAAAAGCACAUUGUGAGUGCAGAUUGACAAGUGGUAGGGGUAGACAUGGUGCUAGUUGAGUUAAUUCUUGUUACUGCUGUUGUUUUUUGUUGUGAGUGAAGAUGUACUAAACCAUUUCUUAAAUGUUUAACUUGAAUGGUAGGGCAAGAGAUGGUUGACAUCCAUCUGCCAGAGGUUUUAAUUUUAUCUUGGGACUAUUUGAUUUUUAUCUUUGUAGACAAAGCAUAUUUAAUUUUUAAGUUAAUAAGAUAGUAAUGUUUAAUGCUUUCCAACUGGAUGUGGAAAACAUCAUUUAAAAAUUAUGCAUACAUUGUUCUGGAAUUAUUUGGAAAGUCUGUCAGCAACCAGCUGAGCCAGUGGGACCAGACUCCCAUUCUUAUAAGUGGCCCUUUUCCUUCAUACCAGUAGCGCAACAGCUUGAUUGGGACAUUCAGCAGCUGUGACUCAGCGGCAUUUAUGAUCCUUUGUUGAGUUCUAGUGGGGGUUCAGGAUUUAUUAAUGAAAAAAGACAAAUAUUUUUUUGAAGCAUAGACCCCCAUACUCAACAUUUUCUUUGGCGCAGGAUUGUCUUGGGAAAUAUGUACUCUUCCUGGCUUAUGGAUGGCUGUUCAGAAUUCUGUUCCUUUACUGUGACAAGCAUCUUCUUGUUUUCAGGAAGAAUUACUCUCAUCCGCAAUGGCAGAACCAUGCCAAUUUUUCUGAGACACUAUUGCCUUUCAUUUCUCAUGAAUUUUGCCAAGCCUUCAAUCCCAGACAUGUUUCAAUAUUGAAACAUUGUCGACCUCACGGCAGAGGCAGCAGAAUAGAUGGAGAAGGCUCUCUAUUUUCAUUGACCCACCAUGAGACAUCCACAUUUGGAUUCUAGUUCCUUGACAUCAUUUAGUUCAUCUCGCACAAGGAUUUGCUUUUAUUUAUAUGGAAGAUGAGAGAGAUGCUGAGGAUGCAAUUCGAGGACUUGAUCGAGUAGAAUUUGGUCGCAAGGGUCGCAGACUUCAUGUUGAAUGGACAAAGCAAGAACGUGGGGCUAGACAGUCCGGUGGCUUAUCAAGAAAAUCUGCUAACACAAGGCCAUCUAAGACUUUAUUUGUUAUCAACUUUGAUCCACAUCAUACUAGGACUAAGGAUUUGGAGAGGCACUUUGAGCCAUAUGGGAGGAUCGUGAGUGUAAGGAUAAGAAGAAAUUUUGCAUUUGUUCAGUAUGAAGCACAGGAGGAUGCCACUAAAGCACUGGAUGCAACAAACAUGAGCAAGCUGCUUUAUCGAGUUAUUUCAGUGGAAUAUGCUGCUCGAGAUGAUGGUGAAAGGAGGGAUGGAUACAGUCCUGAUAGAAGUCGUGAUAGGUCACCUGACAGGCGAGGACAUGAUAGGAGGCGUUCUCCAAGUCCUUACCAAAGAGAAAGGGGAAGCACUGAUUAUGGCCAUGGCUCUAGUCCUUAUCGCAAAGAGAGGGUUAGCCCAGAUUCUAGAUGUCGCCGCAGCCCUAGCCCCUAUAGGAGAGAUAGGGCUAGCCCUGACUAUGGCCAUGGUUCAACUCGUAGUCCUUCCAGGAGAGAGAGGGCUGGCAGUGACCAUGGCCAUGGCCCCAGCCGUGGUCCUCACCGCAAGGACAAGGCUAGUCCUCUCAAUGGUAAUGGCCCUAGUGACAGUCCUUAUCAAAGAGAAGAAAGGCUUAGCCCUGAAAAUGGUCGUGUCCCGAGCCGUAGUCCAUAUGGAAGAGAAAGGUCUAACCCAGACAAAGGCCGUGGCUCCAGCCAUAGUCCCUUUGAAAGAGAUGGGUCUAGCCCUGAAAAUGGUCAAUGGAGCAACCCAAGCUCCAAUCCUGACAGGAGGGACAGUGCAAUUGGAAGAGUUGAAAGCCCUAGGCAUGAGAGAUACCAGAGUCCAUCACCAACAGCAGAUGAAUGAGUCCAACUCGAUUGGCUUAUAUUGGUUUGUCAUUUGGACGGAGCUGGGUUGACAAUCUCAAUAUAUGCCUCACCUUUUCCAUCAUAACUAACCAUCACCAAGUGCUAGAUUGCAAGUUAUGCCCCUAUCUUGUAAUGUGGGAUCUAGUUUGUGCCAGUUUGUAGUCUUGUGCUUUCAAUUUCUAUGCAAAAACUGAGGUGGAUUCUGUUGGUUUUGAACUUAAUAGAAACCUUUAUGUAACAUGUUACUUUUUCGUCACCUCGAUUGCUCAUUUGCUUU